AUGUUGGCGCGCAGCUCGCCAACUGCACCGUGGAUUAGAAGACCCUUAACGGCAGCUUCCACCUCGCCGUCUCCAAGUAGGAACGCGACUGGAAAUUACAAUCUGCUCGGCGAGGCGAUGCUGGUGGACGCCGCCACCCUCGACGCGCUGCUCGCCGUGCUUCCCACCGCCUCGCCUCCGCCCACCAGCGGCGGCGGGCGCAACGGCGGGGGUAGCAGCGCUGGAGGCGCGCGGAACGGGCAGGGUGGGAGGCGCAUGGGGCGGGAGCUGCUGAUGCGCGCAUUCGGCCGCACUGCUAGGCCCGGGGGUCAGAAGCAGGGGGGACAGCAGCAGGGUGGAGCGCAGCAGGCACCUGCAGUGAGCGGGUAUGCUGUGCUGGCGGCCAGCAUCGCAGCAGGUGUGACGUGGGGCGGGCAGCUCAUGGGCGCCAAGAUGCCCGCCGCUGCUGUUGAAUGCGCCACUGCCCUGCUGCUGCUGCUGCUGGUGGUGGAUCAGGAAAAUGGGUUGACAGGCAUUGCCAGUGCUGCUACUGCCGCCUUUGAGCAUUGA